AUGGUCCGAGAGGAGCUGGUGCCGCAGGUUGUCAGCUUCAAUGCUGCCAUGAGUGCCUGCGAAAACGCCAAGCUCUGGCAAACUUCUCUGGUGCUACUCUCGGAGAUGCUGAUGCUUCGGUUGGCGCCUGACGUCGUCAGCUUCAAUGCCGCGAUCAGUGCUUGCGAAAAGGGCGGUAACUGGCGCAUUGCCCUGGAGUUGCUCUCCGGCAUGCUCUCGGCAAGGCUCCGACCUACUGUCGUCAGCUUCACGGCAAGCAUCAGCGCCUGUGGUGGCUGGAGCCAGUGGAGAGGAGUACUGCAGCUGCUCUCCGACAUGAAGUCCGCCGCG